AUGGGACCUCCGCGGAAGCAAGAGGCUUCGCAAAAGUUGAAGCGGCUCAAAGAGUUCUUCCGAUCCGGUGGGAAACGUCAACAGCCUCAAACCCCCAGACGCUCGGAAGAUGACAAGAGCCCGCUAUCCCCGGCACGGACCCUGUCUUUCUCCAGUUAUCUUGAAAAAGUGGAGGAGGAAAACAAACGGCGUCUCCAGGCGGCAGCGGAUCUUUACCAAGCCAUCAACCAGAACGACCAUAUCAGCGUCGUUGAGCUGUAUCAGAAACACGCCGCUCUUAAUCCCCGAGACAAAAGAGGGCGAACUCCUCUUCACACUGCUGCCGAGCUGGGCCGAGAUAAUAUCCUUCACUUUCUCCUGGAACAGAAAGGUGUUGGCCUCGAUGCCACCGACAUUCAAGGUUUUACUGCACUGCACCUCGCAAGCAUCAAUGACCAUUCCGAUUGCGUCUUUUAUCUAUUGAAGAGGGGAGCAAAUGCUCAGCUUGUCGAUGGGAACGGCCACUUGCCAUCAUUCUACGCGUCAACUGACACGAAAAACAAGUUCGACAAUCCCCCUAUUGUUCACGGCAGCGACCAGUAUGCCGCUGUCAACCACUGGAUAAACAAGGCUGCGUUCAAUACAGGACCGAUAUCUCCUGAAGGUGCCCGAGAGGAGGUGUGUCGCUAUUUCCAAGGCAGCCUCUGGGUACCCGACCUAUCCACAAGAUGGCGUGUACUUCCGAUCUGGGACUUGGUGUAUGAUCAUGAACACUCUGAGGAUCUUUACACGCGGUUCAACAUUCCCAAGAAACGGUCGGAGGCCAAAAAGAAAUGGAUCCAUCUGCCAAUUGCUAGCAGGGACCUUGUUCUUGACCUUGCGAAGAGGAUCUACGCUGCUUCAGGACGCGAUCUACAGUCAUAUCAGAAGAUCGAAAAGCUUGUCAACGACAUGUUCAAACAGGUUGAUGUGACAGGUCCGGAGGGAAAGGUGCACUUCAAGUUCAAGAGCUUGAAGCACGGCGGCCCAACCGACCCUGACGAUGAACGACCUACGUCAGAAAGCAUUUAUGCGAUGGCACUUCCUGUGGUCGAUGUUGAUAAGAAAGACUAUGUUUCGAUGGCGCUGGUAGCCCAAGAACAAGCGAAGAAGAAAGCGAAGCCGAGGCAAGAAACAAAGUUGCACCUUGAUGAUCGAUCAAGGAAGCACUUUAGCUAUAUGCUCAAGGCAGUGGGCUUCAUGGACCAACCGCUGCCUCGUUGCCUCGACCAAUCUUAUCAUGACGACUUGGAUAACGAAAAACUGGACUUCCUCAAUAAUGACCAGGUCAUGGUACGAUACAUCAGAUACAUGAAGAACAGAUGUUCACGGAUUCUCAAUGAAAUGGGCUAUCCGACUGACCAUGACUUUACGGAUCCAAACGAAAAGACAAAAGUCAAUGCGCAGUAUGAAGAGACAGAGCCUGCACCUCAACAUGAACCCGACCAGCACCAGCAACCAAUGGACACCCAAGCAGGAUCACCAGAAAAUGACAGAACUCCGGCACAAGACGACACGGCACGUCAUAUUCCCAGGGGACAAGGGCCGCAGCCGGUGGAACAGACAUCUUUCGAGGCACCGCGACCUCCACACAGCCCACGAAGGACUUACACUGGUGCUUCAACGACGUCACAGUCGCAAGGCCGAUUCUCGAUUCAACGCUCAGACACCGAGACAAGCAUGUCUCCAGAGGAUUCGAAGAGGCUUUUUGAGUCUCUGCAUAGUGAAUCGAGUAACCAGAAGAAGCUGGCGCAAUCUGGGCACCCAGUCAUGUUAUCCAGAGUGGGCCCUACUAUCGGACCCCCGAAGUCUCCUGACCAAACCCAACAUCGGGCAGGCCCACUGGCCACGGCAACGCCUGCAACGCCUGGCACCCCUGGUACCUUGGUGAAGGAACUUGCGGACACCGGGGACCAGGGAAACGCGAACACCGGUGGCCCGGGACAUGUGCUUGCGUCUGAACCUAUCUCCUUACAAGAGUCAGAUGACUUUUUAACUGUCCCGUAUUUUUGGCUUUUCAAACUCGACGCAGACACAAUAGUCACUCUAUACCCGGAGAGGUGGGACAGGGGGAACGAACAACAACUGCAGCUUCAUAUCCUGGAAAGCAUCAGUGAUGACCGACACAUUCACAACAAAAGCCAUGAAAACGGCGGCGAGGACUUGAAUAUAGAUAUUGUAUCCAAGGCUAUUCUGAAAGCGUGCAUGUCUUUUGAGGCAAAGGCGCUUGUCCCGUCUCUCAACCCGGAUGCCAUCUUCAAUGAUGACGAACAUCACGGUGGUCAGCUCAGAAGAGUGCUGCUUCCAUACACAGAGGCCUUUUCAGCCUCAAUCGCUCAGCUUAAAGAAACCGCCAUCCUUAUUGACAUCGAUGACACCAUUGGUGAGAUCGGGAUUAUUAAGCGAGUCUUGUCAAAUCAGGCCAAGGUCUUUGAUCGAUUCCAUAGUGAGGUUCGAGGCAAGAACCCUAACAAGGUUGCCAAACCACACGAGGGAGAGAUCCUGGCACGGUUUGAUAUGCUCGAGGAUGAAGCUAAACGUGUCCGGUCCAUGGUUACCACCUUGCUGGACUUGCGUCAACGAGAAGCAACUCUCGAGGACGCUCUAUCCAUGGGUGAGCAGUCGACAAUGCUCUUUGUUUUCACUGCAGUGACGGUUCUGAUAUGUACCAAACGAAGAAUACGGCAUGGUGGAGAAGGACGUGGUCGACUGUAUUUGAAAGAGGGGGCCGUGGCAAAGCGGUGGUGCGAGGAACAACGGCUGGGAUUCGUCAAAGCCCAAGAGCACAAGCCCCGAGCCGAGACGCCACUGCACAUGGUGCUACUCGACCAGAACAUGCAGGUGCGGAAUCUGAUUUGCAGCUUGUCGGAAGCUUAA